AUGUACGUACUUUCACAUAUUAUUGAAUCUGUUAUGAAUUUUAUUGUUUUGUUUACAUAUUCGGAUCCAUGUGAAUGUUUAAUUAAAGUUUGGCUAGUUUAUUUGAUUAGGAUGCCAGCCUAUUUCUAUUAUCUCGGCUCUCCUUUAUUUCAUUUUGCUAUAAUGAUUGAGCGUGUUUUGGCUACAGUUUAUGUUAAAAUUUAUGAAAAUCAAGGAAAAUUAUUUUCAGUUAUUUGUACAAUUGUUGUGGUAAAUAUUUUUAGCUUUAAAAUCCGUUUUACAAAAUUUUAG